AUGUCAGCGCCGCUAAACCUCAUCUCAGGCCGGAACCUCAUCUCAGGCCACACCUGCAUCUGCGCCUGCUGCAACAAUCUGCGGCGCUUACUGAGCUUGCGUCGGCGGCUGCUGGUGGCCCGGGCGGAAGAGCAGCGGGAGGGCAGCUCGGCGGCAGCGGCGGCAGACGAAGAACCUAUUGCAGCGGAGCAGCUGCUGCGGCGCAAGAAGGGCAAGGCCGGUGCCGGCUUCAAGCCUUCCCCUGCCAGCGCCAAGGAGGGCCCCACCGUCAUCUCCCCGGUGCGCGACCAGGUGUAUGGCGGCGGGCCGCUGACGGCGGAGCAGCAGGCCGAGAACUCUGUGGUGGGCCUGCUGGCCGCCCUGUUCUUCGUCAUCCUGGCGGAAGGCAUCUACGUGGCGGCUUCGGGCUUCAUGCCCCAAGCGCUCGACCAGUUUGCCCAGGACGUGGUGCUACCCGCCUUCACGCCCACCCUGGGCCUCUUCCUGGCCAUCUCUACGGCCUAUGGGCUGUGGAAGACCAGGGCGGGGCCCGACGGGCAGCAGUAG